AGGAACAGUGAAGUCGCAUAUCGUGUUUCAACCGAGAGAAAUUACCAAACGGAAAGUGACUCACGUUGGAUAAGGGUCAAAUGUUUUGAGGAUGUUCUGGUAAUUUCGUCGAAAUGUCAAGUUUCUCUAGAUCUGCCCAGCAAUGGGCAACCUUUGCUCGUUCCUGGUUCCUGAUCGAUGCUAGAGUGCAGCCUCCUGGAAAGAUCGCGACCAUGUGUGCUGUUAGAUUACAGGGCAAACACAAGCCUAUCUACCAUGCACUGAGUGACUGUGGGGACCAUGUAGUAGUAAUAAACACCAAACACAUAGCUUUCUCUGGAAACAAAUGGGAGCAGAAAGUCUACUCAUCACACACGGGGUAUCCAGGUGGAUUUAAACAGGUCACAGCUACCCAGCUGCACCAAAAAGACCCAAAAGCUAUUGUGAAGUUAGCGGUUUACGGUAUGCUGCCAAGGAAUCUGCACCGCCGCACCAUGAUGCAACGAUUACACAUCUUUCCUGAUGACGAGCUGCCAGACGACAUCCGAGCCAACCUGACGGAGGAGCUGCCACAGCCCAGAGAAAUCCCCAGGAAACUCAGCGAGUACAGUCAGGAGGAGAUAGACGCCUUCCCCAGGCUGUGGACACCACCUGAAGACUACAAGAUGAAAUGAAAUCAAGGCUGCACGACGUGACCAAAGCACGCAACUCUGAAAGCAACAGCACACUCGAUUAUAUUUCUUGUUAUGAUGC